AUGGAAGCUAUCUUUGGCCAAAUCAGACAAAUCGCCAAUACACUUGUUGACACGGCGAAGUCAUCCUUAAUCCGUGAUCUCCAUACUUUGGCACAUUCACUAGAGAGUGUGGAUGACACUGUGAAAAGAAUAAGCCACUUGCAUGAGGAAGCUGCAGUGAUUCGCGUCGGUAUCGAUCUCAAACUAUUCGACAUACUGGAGGCUCGCAGAGCUCCACUCAGUCUUGAUGAAAUUGUCAAAACCACUGGUGGUGAUAGCCAACUUAUUGGGAGAUUGAUGCGUUUUUUAGCUUCAGUCGCUGUAAUCGAAGAAACUGGUAAAGAUGUUUUCUCUGCCACAAAUGUAACCAAGAAUUUGGUGGUUGAAGGAAGCCAAGCUGGUGUUUGCCACGGCUUUGAGACUUCAGGACCAAUGUAUCAAAUGCUACCAGAGUUCCUGGAGAAAACGAAUUAUCAAAACCCAAAAGACUCUUUUCAUACAGUCUUUCAAGAUGCAUUUAAUUUUCCCGGGUCAGCUUUCGAAUGGUUCGGCCAGAAUCCUAAAAACCUUGGAUAUUACCAAGAUUAUAUGGCUGGUCGUCGUCAAAGUGUACAGGAGAUGUGGAUGUCAGUUUAUCCAAUCGAAUCCGAGACGAAAGAGCUUGAUCCGAAGGCUCCGUUACUUGUUGAUAUAGGUGGAAAUAUCGACCAUAACUGCGUACACUUCAAGACAAUGUUUCCUAAUAUCCCUGGUAGAAUCAUUCUUCAAGAUCUGCCGGAGAACAUAAAAGCCGCUCUUUCAACGCCAGGAGUCGAACCCAUGGUUUAUAAUUUCUUCGAACCACAGCCUAUUAAAGCGGCACAGGAUAGCUUAGAGAUGCCAUGUAACUACGCCAUGGCCCCGGUCAAUAUAAUACGCAUUCUGAGGCUCUGCGCAAGCAGAAACGAUGGGCACGGCAUCGUCACUUAUCCACUUGGGAGCAGAAACAGUGUGAAAACGUUAUACAAAGAUUUAGAGUUCCAAGUGAUCCACAACGCAAGACUCCUUUCACACAUCCCCAACUUCAGACCAAAAUCAAUUGUGCUACUUCAUUUCACGGAUCACCUUGAUAACAUCGUCUGGUUUUGGUCCGUAAUUGCUGCAGGAGGCAUUCCUGCACUAUCAACACCAUUCAGCAAUGUUGAAACCCAGCGUCUGAAACAUAUUGCGCAUUUAUACAAUCUCUUGAAGGCUCCCCUCUGCAUGACCAGACGUUCCUUGCUAGAUCAGUUCUCGGAUCAGGAUGUACUGAGCCCAUACGUUAUCGGGGACAUCUCCUCCGCUCAAGUCAUUUCACAAAAUGGUACUAUAGACGAACUUGGUCGAGUUGCAAGAGAAGAGCAUCCAGAAGACUUAGCUCUAUUGAUGCUUACCUCUGGCAGCACGGGAAACGCAAAAGCCGUCUGCUUGACUCAUGGCCAAAUUUUUGCCUCAAUGGCUGGAAAGUCUUCAGUUCGGAAGGAUAUCCCCAAGGAAUUCUCGGCCCUGAACUGGAUAGGCUUUGACUAUGUCGCCAACUUGACCGAAAUACACCUUGAAGCCAUGUACCUUGGUAUAGACCAAAUUCACGUACAGGCUCCAGAUGUCAUUUCUAACCCUCUGCUUUUCCUGGAGCUCAUACAUAAGCAUCGUGUGGGAUGGACAUUUGCACCGAAUUUCUUCUUGGGAAAAUUGAGGAAACAGCUAGACACAGCUAUUAUGGACACGAAUCUCGACCUAGACUUAAGCUGUCUCCGCUUUUUGGUUUCCGGUGGCGAGGCAAAUGUCGUAGAGACAUGUGACAUUCUCGCCCGUUAUCUAGGAAAAUACGGAGCACCACCAAAUGUGAUCUCUGCAGCCUUUGGUAUGACAGAAACCUGCGCUGGGUCUAUCUAUAAUCUCGAUUGCCCGAGAUACAAUGUUCAGAAUAUGCAGCAGUUCUGUUCUCUUGGCCGUUGCGUACCAGGAAUAGAGAUGCGAGUUACAAUCCCUCAGGCUGGCGAUGAAAGUGUCCAGGCCUCAGCCAACGAACUUGGCCUUCUUGAAGUUCGUGGACCUAUCGUAUUCAAGUGCUAUUUCAACAAUAAGUCCGCCACAACAGCUUCCUUCACUCCAGAUGGCUGGUUUAGAACAGGAGAUCACACCACGAUCGAUCGAGCUGGAAUGCUCCAUCUGGUAGGGAGGACAAACGAUACCAUGAACAUCAAUGGUGUUAAGUAUCUCCCGAACGAGCUAGAGGCUGCCAUCGAAGAGUUUGAAAUUGAGGGUGUGACACCGAGUUACACGGUUGGCGAAGUUCUCGUAUUUCUCAAUCUCGCAAAAUAUCUCCCAGAUCGUCCUGUAUUUGCUCUUCGUGCUCGAGGCUUCGAAAAGGGGGAAACAUUUUUCACAGAUAUUAAAGAAGCAGUAAACAUAUAUUUCGAAGCCAUAAAGAGCAAGCAAUCGCAAGGCCCAUAUCUUCUCGCAGGUUAUUCGUAUGGCACAAUGCUCGCAUUCGAAACCGCGAAACUGCUAGAAGCAAGCGGUGAUGAGAUUUCCUUCCUCGGAUCCUUCAACCUGCCCCCACAUAUCAAAUCCAGAAUGAAACAACUUGAUUGGACCGAAUGCUUGCUGCAUCUGGCCUACUUCCUUAGUCUCAUCAAUGUCAAACAUUGCGAAAUAAUGGCACCACAGCUCCGACAAUAUUCCAAAAAGCAAGCCAUCCAAUACAUCAGCGAAGUCGCAAACCCAAAUCGUCUUCUUGAGCUUUCACUCAAUGAAGAGAUGCUCGGAAAUUGGGUCGACCUUUCAUACAGGCUGCAGAGCAUGACAAGUAACUACGACCCCUCGGGAACAGUUGCGAUGAUAGAUAUAUUUGUUGCAGAGCCUUUGCAGGCCGUGGCAGCGAAUAAAGAGGAUUGGAGAAAAAAUUCCUUAAGCAAAUGGGCGGACUUUAGCAGAUCGAAACCUAGAUUUCAUGAUGUAAUGGGGGAGCAUUAUACAAUGAUUGGCGCGGACCAUGCUUUCAGUUUCCAGCAAACUUUCCGGAGAAGCCUCGCCACUCCAAUUCAGAAAAAAGGCGCGCAAGCAGACUGUGGAGCGGGGGUUGCCUCCUCGUCUUGGUCUGCCUUUAAUCCAGCCGAGCGCUCUCCCGACACUGAAGCUGCGACGAGCAGCAUGACUGUAACAUACAAUAGGUUCAAGAUAUGA